CCACCCGGAGCAUCCACUAGCUCAGCCCAGACCCCCCUACAGGAAACAACAUCGCACUCCCCCCACAACCACAGCACCAGAGCCACCAAUGCCCACCUCCUCUCUUCUCCUCUUUCUCUUCCCCUCUCCCUCCCUUCGCGAUCUCUCUUCUCUCUUCUCCCGGCGCUAGCUCUUCACCAUCGCCGCACGAAUCCUCCUCCCCCCGACUUCAGCUCAAGGGUUCGACCGAGAGCCACCGGCCGGAGCUACCCGGGUAGAGAUUUCUCGUUUCAUCUGGAUUUCUGGGCUAGAAGAUAGAUCCAUGCAGUGAAUAGUGCGUCAGAUCCUUCACAGAACAAGUAUGGCCGAUACUCCAACCUCCCGGAUGAUCCACCCCUUCAGCAACAUGCAGAGGCAGAACCCGAAGCAGUUCCAGUUCCAGUACUCGGACAACCCACAGCAUCCCUGCCGCCCUUAUCAGCCAUCUCCAGACACCCAUGUCGUGCCACAGCACCUCUACAGCCUCAAGUCCCACUCAUCAGACGCUAGCUAUGAGAACCAGGUCGCUCAGAUGAAGCACACUCUGGACUCCUCGGCGGCAGCCGGCUGCAUGAGGCACGACUCGCCAUCCAGCCAUAGCUUCACUCCUCCGUCCAUCAGGAGCGGCAGCGGCAGCCCGUCGUCCCACGACGACAGCCGCUCCGACUCCACCAACGGGUCUCCGGUGAGUGCUUCAUGCGUCACUGUGACGACCGAGGAUCCCAACGAUCUGAAGCAGAAGCUCAAGGACCUUGAGGCUGAAAUGCUCGGGCCGGACGCCGAGAUAGUGAACAGCCUCGAGAGCUCCGUCGCGAAGCAGCUGUCGCUGGAGCCGGAGAAGUGGGCGCAGAUGAUGGACUUCCCCAGGGGCGACCUGAAGGAGCUGCUGCUCGCCUGCGCCAGAGCUGUGGAGGAGAAGAACAUGUACGCGGUGGAUGUGAUGGUGCCGGAGCUGAGGAAGAUGGUCUCGGUCUCCGGCACGCCGCUGGAGAGGCUGGGAGCCUACAUGGUGGAAGGGCUGGUGGCCAGGCUCGCCUCCUCCGGCCACUCCAUCUACAAGGCCCUGAGGUGCAAGGAGCCCAAGAGCUCCGACCUGCUCUCCUACAUGCAUUUCCUCUACGAGGCCUGCCCCUACUUCAAGUUCGGCUACAUGUCGGCCAACGGCGCCAUCGCGGAGGCCGUCAAGGGGGAGGACCGGAUCCACAUUAUCGACUUCCACAUCGCCCAGGGAGCGCAGUGGAUCUCCCUCCUCCAGGCCCUCGCGGCCAGGCCCGGCGGGCCGCCGACGGUGAGGAUCACCGGCAUCGACGACACGGUGUCGGCCUACGCGCGGGGCGGCGGGCUGGACCUUGUCGGGAGGAGGCUGUCGCACAUCGCCGGGCUCUGCAAGGUCCCCUUCGAGUUCCACUCGGUGGCCAUGGCCGGCGAGGAGGUGGAGGAGGCGCACCUCGGGGUCGUCCCCGGGGAGGCGCUGGCGGUGAACUUCACGCUGGAGCUGCACCACAUCCCGGACGAGACGGUGAGCACGGCGAACCACCGGGACCGGAUCCUGCGGCUGGUGAAGGGGCUGCGGCCCAGGGUGCUGACGCUGGUGGAGCAGGAGUCCAACACCAACACGGCGCCGUUCCCGCAGCGGUUCGCGGAGACGCUCGACUACUACGCGGCCAUCUUCGAGUCCAUCGACCUGACGCUGCCGAGGGACGACAGGGAGCGGGUGAACAUGGAGCAGCACUGCCUGGCGCGGGAGGUGGUGAACCUGAUCGCGUGCGAGGGCGCGGAGCGGGUGGAGCGGCACGAGGUGUUCGGCAAGUGGAAGGCGCGCCUCACCAUGGCCGGCUUCAGGCCGUCGCCGCUCAGCGCGCUGGUGAACGCCACCAUCAGCACGCUGCUGCAGAGCUACUCGGAGAACUACAAGCUCGCCGAGCGGGACGGCGCGCUCUACCUCGGCUGGAAGAGCAAGCCCCUCGUCGUCUCCUCCGCAUGGCACUAGUGCUGUGGUGUGACUGCUUUUGUGACCUCGCUGCUCGUAGGCGAAUCUAGAUGCAUGCUUUGUUGGACUCUAGGAUGCUGCUGCUGCUGCUGCUGCUGCUGUGGAGAAGAAUAGCUCCCAGGUAACCGGCUGUUGUAACGCCGAACUUAGGUCUAGGCCUGGAUAAGAGGCUGAUGAGAUGUAGUAGUGGUACAAGUUCGAGGGCUACAGUAUAUGUUUCAGUUUCAGACGUCUAAUCUUAAUGUAAUUGCAUUUAAGUAAGUCUCAAUCAGCACUGCCAAGUAACUAAAAUGAUUUGAGAUGA